UUUACGACUAUGAUGUAACGCAAUCAGAGUGCGCGCAACCGCAGCACGCGGGUUGCGCAACUGACGGCGUGAACUGUCAUCUUAAGAGCGUGUUAAGUCACGCAAGGAAAUUAAACCAAAGAGGUGUUGCUUUAACAGAUAAUAAUACGGAACCUGACCAAUAUCUCAGGAAUAUAUCAGCAACCAUAGUAGUCAAAAUGGAAGUGUGUAGCUUUCUUCUUCAGCUCUGUUUUCUAGCCUUCAUUUUCAAGGGAAUUACUGCCGAAAAACCUGCAUGCAACAGCGAGAUCUUCUGUCGCGGCGAUCUUCUUCACACUGUUCAAAUGGCUCGUAUUUUUAACGACUCCAAAACGUUUGUUGACAUGAGACUGCGGAGAGACAAAGCGGAUGUUUUGCAGGCAUUCAAAGCUCUUGGACCGUCGGGUAACAUAUCGAAAGAACAAGUAAUCAGGUUUGUGAAUGACAACUUUCAUCCCAUAGGACAUGAUUUGCAAGCGUGGACUCCACUCGAUUGGCAAGAAAACCCAGCUUUUAUUGAUUGCAUAAAGGACAAGAACUUAAAGACUUUUGCAUCUAAGCUCAAUGAGUUAUGGAAGAAGCUGGGAAGAAAGAUAAGUGAGGAUGCGCGAACGAACCCCACGCGAUCUUCCUUGAUUUUAGUGACAAAUCCAUUUGUUGUUCCUGGUGGUAGGUUUCGAGAAUAUUAUUACUGGGACUCGUACUGGGUUGUAAAUGGUUUGCUCGUUUGCGGCAUGAAGGACACUGUCAAAGGAAUGAUUGACAACUUUAUCCAGCUGGUUAACACCUACGGGUUUGUUCCAAACGGAGGUCGAAUUUACUACACAAAUCGAAGUCAACCGCCAUUUCUGAUCCCAACUGUGGGCCUCUAUCUUAACAAAACUGGCGAUGUAGACUACGUGAAGUCCAUUUUGAAUGCUCUGGAGAAAGAAUACAUUUUUUGGAGGAGACAUCGCACUGUUGAAGUUGAAGUGUCCUCUGGGAAAUAUAACCUGUCAAUCUACGCCGCAAACAUGGAUACCCCAAGACCGGAGUCUUAUUAUGAAGAUUUUCACACUGCUCAAGAGGUACCUGAAGACGCCAGAUCAACUCUAUUUCAGGACAUAGCAUCUGCAGCCGAAAGUGGCUGGGAUUUCUCGACCCGAUGGUUUAACCAUACUGAUCGCAAGAGGGGGUCUCUACGUAGUACCCAGACGAGGCAGAUCAUACCCACCGAUUUGAACAGUAUUCUUUUUGCCUGCGAGAAUCUACUGGAAAAGUUCUUUCGUAUGACUGGAAACACUGCUAAAGCAGAUGAGUAUAAAAUUUUCUCAGAAGUCCGUGCAGCCGCUAUUGAAGCUGUACUAUGGGAUGAAAAGGGACUUUGGCUUGACUACGACCGGCAGUUGAAGAAAAGAAGGGGUGAUUUUUAUGCAUCAAGCGUGGUUCCACUCUGGGCUGGCGUUCUACGGGGCAACGUUGCACGAGAGACGAUGGUUCUAAGGACGCUCAAGAGACUUAAAGUCCUGGAUUAUCCCGGAGGGCUCCCAACCUCGUUGUUGUCAUCUGGUCAGCAAUGGGAUUUCCCAAAUGCAUGGCCUCCCCUGCAGCAUAUGCUUAUCACAGGUCUCGCAGAAUCAAGGGGCGAAGGGAUGAAAGAAGAAGCCUUGAAUUUUGCGCAGAAGUGGAUCACUGCCAACUACAAGGCGUGGCGUGCGACCGGUCAUAUGUUUGAAAAAUUCAACGUGAGCGUCCAAGGUACCCCAGGGGGUGGAGGUGAGUAUGACAUUCAAGUCGGGUUUGGAUGGACCAAUGGAGUCAUUCUGGACCUGCUACAGCGAUACCCAGAUAAGUUGGUCAGCGGACAGGAGCACACAUCACAAGUUAUCAAUCCACCACCUAAAGCCAGGGGAAAUCUGGUAGUGGCAACCAGCACCUCUCUUAUUUGCAAUAUUAUUUUGAUCGUAUUUGGAAUCUAGUCUCUUAGCCAGACCUCCCAAGGACAAAUGGUUACACUGUAAGAUCUGGGCAUGAGACUAUUUAGAACGUGAGGGUACCUCUGUCACACCCUCAAUUUUUCCUGAGGCGACCGUGACGGAUGUCACGCAAGAGUCAUAAUAAAGACUUCCUAGAUAAUUAGAUAGACUUUCAAACCUCAUUUAACAUAUUGAUUGAGUAUGUCAAUCAUAGCGGUUUUAGCACUUUUGUUACAUUGUGGUUAAGAAGUAUACACUCCUUGAAGUCAAAUUUCAGUAUUAAGGGGGGGGGGAAGGGGAAGGUCGCUGAGAUGAAAUAAACAAAUAAUAGUUUAUUAACACUUCUGGCAGUUAAAAACUGAAUUAACGGUGUAAGUUACAAAUUAGAUACUAAUAAUUAAAUCUAUUUACAAUAAUAAGUAUCAUAAUAAUAAUCGGAAUCACGAGAACCUAAAGUGAAAAAGUCAUUUGCUUUCUUUGUCCUUUUUGUUGUUGUAGUGGCUUUGGUAUUUCCUCCUGAUCUUAACUGACAUGGAAUAGAUUUUGUCAUAACUUGUGCAGCUAAGAUGGAUAUAACCAAAGUAAAGCGCGCGCUCUGAUUGGUCUAUUUAGCGUCCCCCAUUUGCCCAUGGGUGUACGCUGCUG